CUUUCGUUUGCCAUUGUGAUAUCCUUCGUACUUGUUUUAUUUUUUUACAAAAAAUAUAGUAAUUAAUCCAUUUUGAUGAAGCCCCUUUACGAUAUAAUUAAUGUAAUAUUGGCCCAUUUGGUUCUUGAAUUUGAGUCCCUUUUCUUGAUCAAGAUUCUUAGAGACAAUUGUUUUUGAAAAUUUAUGUGGUUUGUGCGUUGAUCGGUGGAAUUGUUUGAGAGAAUUCUUGAUAUAAGUAAGAUUAGAGAUGGGUUUUGUAAGCACAAUAUUGGGCAUGAUUGGUUUUGGGAUGGGUUUUUCAGCUGGGCUUGUGGCUGGAUAUUUCUUGUUAAUCUACUUUCUGCCAAAUGAUGUAAAGGAUCCUGAAGUCCGUCCAUUAGUCGAGCAAUCUUAUGAAUUUCUCCAAACUCUUCUUCCAGAAAUACCACUUUGGAUAAAAAAUCCAGAUUAUGAUCGACUGGACUGGUUGAACAAAUUCAUAGAAUGUAUGUGGCCUUAUUUAGAUAAGGCCAUAUGCAAGACAGUAAAACAGAUCGCGGAGCCUAUUAUAGCUGAGCAGAUUCCACAAUACAAAAUUGAUGCAGUGGAAUUUGAACAGCUAACUUUGGGUGGCCUGCCUCCAACUUUUCAAGGAAUGAAGGUCUACAGCACUGAGGAAAAGGAACUGAUGAUGGAGCUAGGCUUGAAGUGGGCAGGUACGCCUAACAUUCUCGUUGCUGUCAAGGCGUUUGGGCUGAAAGCUACUGCACAGGUCAUCGACUUUCAAGUUUUUGCUUCUCCACGUAUCACCUUGAAGCCUCUCGUUCCAACUUUUCCUUGUUUUGCAAAUAUAUAUGUUUCUCUGAUGGAGAAGCCUCACGUCGACUUUGGAGUGAAGCUUCUCGGUGCUGAUGCAAUGUCCAUCCCUGGUGCAUACAGAAUGGUGCAGGAAAUCAUCAAAGAUCAGGUUGCUAACAUGUAUUUAUGGCCUAAGAGGCUUGAAGUUCAAAUAAUGGAUCCUAUGAAAGCAAUGCAGAGACCAGUUGGCAUUCUGAACGUGAACGUGGUCAGAGCAAUGAAUUUGAAGAAGAAAGAUCUCUUAGGCUCCUCUGAUCCUUAUGUCAAGCUACGACUGCACGAUGACAAGCUGCAGUCGAAGCAGACAAGCGUAAAGAAGAACAACUUGAACCCCGAAUGGAACGAGGAGUUCAGCCUCGUUGUGAAGGACCCUCAAGUUCAAGAUUUAGUGCUCACAUUGUACGACUGGGAAAAGGUUGGAUCACAUGAAAAGAUGGGGUUGAACGUAGUUCACUUGAAAGACCUCACUCCCGAGGAACCAAAACUUGUAACUCUUGACAUUCUUAAGAAUCUGAAUCCGGACGACGCUCAGAAUGAGAAGUCGCGAGGGCAGCUCAUAGUCGAGGUCAAUUACAAACCUUUUGGUGAAAAGGAGUUGGCGAGCAGCAAUAUUGCUAUAGGUGAAGUCGAGAAGGCUCCUCAGGGCACGCCCGAGGGUGGUGGUGUGCUCGUCGUUAUAGUGCACGAAGCUGAAGAUUUGGAGGGCAAGAACCACAACAAUCCGUCCGUACGUCUACACUUUCGAGGGGAGAUGAGAAAAACCAAGAGAUUGAAAAAGAACAGAGAUCCGAGAUGGGAAGAGGAGUUCCAGUUCGUGCUUGACGAGCCACCUAUGAACGACAGGAUCCACGUUGAAGUAACGAGUUCUUCUAAGAAAAUGGGAGGCCUGCGAUACCCAAAGGAAAGUCUAGGCUACGCGGAUCUAAACCUAGCAGACGUCGUCAACAACAAGAGGAUCAACGAGAGGUACCACCUUAUCGACUCAAAGAAUGGCCGGAUUCAGAUUGAGAUGCAGUGGCGAACCGCGUCUUAGACGCUCUUGCAAACUGCGUUGCCUUAAUAAUAUGGUAGACGGGUUUAGAUGAGGCAUACAUUGUGUUUUAUGCUUUUCCUGCUAAUAUUUGAUCCUUUAAGAUGUGAAUUAGGUUGCUCAAAAUUCAUUUCAUUGCCAUUAAUCAUCUAAGUUCUAUA